UACCACAAUAAAAAUUUGUAUAAAUUUGUGUAAAUGUGUAAAUGUGUAAAUUAAUAAACAUUUAUUAGAAUUUCCAACCAAAUUUUUGUUUCGCACUAUUUUUUUUAUUUUCGACCAAAUUGUUUGAACGCUAUGACCGAAUUGAUUUCGCGUGAAAAGCAAUUCAUUAAAAUCAAUGAGAAUUUGAACAGAAUGGCGACUACCACUCUCGAGCACACCUCCCAGUACCACUACAAGACUUCAGCAUACAAAUAUGUUGGCACUGCGACCGGUCUAGCUAAAGCCAAGCCACAGAGUAACGCAAUGCGUAAACGUGGCGGUGGUGAUGGGAAACCAGAGCAGACCGUUGCAGUCAAGGGCCCCACCAAAGUUAGUGAAUAUCAUCAAAGACGUACGCAACACGUGAAAAUUACCUCACCAAAUAUGAAGACAGCGAGGACUCGUAUUGAAACCAGUACUAUUAGUCGUACAAUAUCGGUAGCUGCAAAGGAAAAUGCACGUAGAGAAACAAAUAGCAUUGCCAGCACUGUUUCAAAUUCACCACGUAGACGUAAAACCAUUGAGUGUACAAAGACUGUUUCUCGCCAUGUUGGUCCUAAACCUGGUUGUACAUUUACAGUUAAAUACCGUAAUCCUAAUUUCACGGAAAGUCCUUCUUUAGCCGUACUUGUGAAAGAUGAAUGUGCCACUUUACGUGAGCUAAAUGAAAUUUGUCCUAUUGAAGGGAACUGUAAUGUUAAGAAACAACUAAACUCUGAUACCAUGGUCAAGUUUCUAAAAUCAAAAAUUAUUAUACUUGAGACUAAUUAUGAGAAGACUGCCAAAGAAAUGAUUGAACAAAAGGAAUUGCUGGAUAGGACCUUGGAAUAUCACAAGAAGCUUGAACAACAGCGUGAUAUGAUAUAUGCCAAAAACUCUGAACUCAAGGAGCAACUUAGCAAGAUGGAAUCCAAACUUCAUGAAGCCAAUAAUUAUGUUAAAGAACGUCAUACUGAAACUUCAAAUCAGCAAAAGGAACACGAAUUUAACAAACGUGAAUUAAAGCAAGUAUUUCAGACCAAUGUAAAUUUAGAAAAGCGUCUACAACGCACCACUGAAGAACUGGAGACCAGUAGAAAUGCUUUAGCAAUGUUAAAAGCUGCUGAGCAUGAAACAAAAGAAAAUAUACGUCGUGAAUUUGACAUUAAGGAAAAGCAAAUUAAAAGUCUCAAAAAACAACGUGCUGAUUUGUUGAACGCCUAUAAGAAGCAACUUUUCCUGAUCGACAAUUUAAAACGCCAAAAUAUAUGCUAUGAGCAGACCAAAAUGCUAGAUAUAAGCGAAAAAGAAUUUUCCAAAGUGCUGGACUGGAAUGCUACACCAUAAUGUGUGGCGUUAUUUAUUUUAGUCUUUCUCUAUAAUUUGUUUAUCUCCACUUUUAAUUUUUGAUUAGACAUUAGUCCAUAAACAGAAAUCUUUUUUUUUU